AUGGAUGUUCCUGCCAAAGUCCGAGCACAGAACUAUGAACUCGCCUACGCCUCCCCCAGACUGUUCCCCACAACCUUCAGAGACCCAGUCUUCGCCCAGGCUGGCACUCUAGGUCCAGACGGCCGCCGCCGACGAGCCGUCCAUUGUAUAUCCGAUCCUGAUAUUAGCCCAGUCUACCCUGACGGAUUCGUCAAUGAAGACCUCCGCGCUGGAGGCCCCCAUUUGUGCAAAUUACCCAUCGAUAUCGAGUUCCUAAAACCAUCCCAUCCGUUUUAUGAGCCUCUUUGUGCACCCGAAAGCAGUGUUAUACAGCGUGUUCGGGAGAUAUUGACGGAAUGGAAGGUGGCAUAUACAGAUACCCACGCUAUGCUGCAGACAUGGAAAUUUCGAAGAAGACUUGGAGGAGUUCCUACUCUUGUGAUAUCAGCUACUCGGGAGAGAGACGAGGUAGACAAGUCAUGGAUGUUCUGUGCGAGGCAUAUACAGGAGUAUCUCGUUACUGUCCUUCCUCGUCUUCAAGAUCACGGCCAGGAUCUGGACGAAGGCGAAGACAAACCUCUAACCCAGCCGCUGCCGCACGUUAUCAGGGUUGAGAUAGCGGCCCCAUCUGUCUUUAUGGGAGAUUCCUUACACCCAGUGGAUCAAUGUGACGAGAUAUUUUCCAUCUGGAAUGAGGUUUGUCAGGCAGUCACUGGAAAAAUCAACCUAGUCGACGUCGUGACGGUUGGGUGCUAUCGGCUCGGAGAUAGCGACGAUGCGUUUGAGUGUCCACCGACUAUUUCAGUUGGCGUGAAGCACGAUUCGGGGAGGAGUUGGAAGGACAUAAGGGAAGAAAUCGUUGACCUGCUUGGUGAGAGGGGAUUGGGGAUGGUGGGUGUGAAGAUUCACAAGGAGAGGCUGUGGGGGCAUUGGGGACCGGGAGAUGAUUGA